AUGUCUUCGCGCCGCGACCUCGACGCGUCCGAGGCAUCAGCAGAUUCGUUCGCCUCGUCCCUCGCUGAGAAUGCCGGUAUUGCCGCUCGAUACCUGUCCGUCUCCAGUCUCGAACAUGAACACGACGCGUCCAUCAUGCAGCAAACCCUGAGUACUCGCGUCGUGAUUUCGACACAUUCUUCGUUUGCAAUCAGACACCAGGAAGCGUCCUUGCGCCCCGACCUCCAGCGAUUGGUCCAGAUUGGUGAAGGACUACAGGGUGCAAUUUUUGAGCAAGUGGGAAAAACUCUGGUGAUCAAGAAAGAAAGCCCUGAGAAUGAAUCCCGACCCACACGACUAGACAAGGAGUACCGCGCGCACGAUCAAAUUUGCCUCGCAUUCCAGAAGUUUGGACCAAUUGUAUCCAACACAGUCUUUGUCCCACGGCCGAGUUCGCUGAAGACCCCGGGGGACGAUGGUUUUUGGGCUGCGAACCUUGACAAAUUCCCAGUCCAGUACCGAGUAAAGACGAUGAUCUUUACGAUGGAACGUAUCCUACCUCUCCCUAAGAUCGUUCGAGGAGCCCUUAUUUCAUUAUUUUAUCCUCGUCCCCAGGGACAAGAAUCCGCCGAUCCAAACGUCGUCCAACGACUCCUCUCGGAAGAAUCCAACAAGCAUUGUCUUGCUCGUGUGUAUCUCGGCAAGAAAUCUCACACUUUCAAGCAAGAUAACUUCUCACUCCGAAACUUCCCUCUUUGCUUGGACGCAAUGCAGCGCUUCGGGCUUGAAGUCAAUGAAAUGGCUUAUUCCAUGGGCAAAGCAUACGCGAUAAUACAAUGGGGAGCCGAGUUUAAUGCGGACGAUGUCGAAUUCGUUCUUGGUACCCUGACAACAAAUACCAAAACUGUUACCAACUUUCAGGAACGAGCCGUUCGCCUUUGUCUCUUGGACUUUGGACAGUGCGAUUCCGUCAACAUGAGCCGAGAUGCCGAGGACGUGUAUCAGUCAUUCCGCGGCGCACUUGUUGUUGGGGAUAAUCAAUGGUUUAUCCCUCAUUGCCAUCGGGACCCAGAGCUCUUCAAACACUUCCGUACUGGGUACGUUGAAGCUGGGAAUGCUAUUAUGAAGGAGAAGAAAUGGACCGGAAAGUUUGACAUGGAGGAUUUUAUGGACGGUUAUGAAGAAUACGCUGAAGACUUCCUAGUGUAA